AUGCCUCCAAUUCGAGAACAUCAAUCUCCUUUGGAGGUUCAACAAAAUCCAUCCGCAUCUUCUGAAGAUGAAGAUCCAUCCUCUCCCUCAAAAAGCGAUAAAUCCACGUCACCUUCUACUGACAAAGAUCGUAAACGUGGUAAACGAUCUCCGAGUAUUAAUACGAGAGCAUCAAGAGUUGGAGUCACGAAUUUUAUUAACGUAAUAAAAAGUUUACAUCCUGGCGAAUCGAUAAAUUAUUUCCCUAUUACGAAAGAAACUUUACAACAAUAUAUUGAUUCUAAACGUAAAGCUCUCAUAAAAGCUGGUUCCUUAGAGCAAUAUUUACAACAUAUUCAAGCUUAUAAUAUUGCUCUUGGUUUCGGUUGGGAUGGUCAUGUUUUUGGCCCAGUCAUUAAAAAAGCUUUAGAUGAAUUAAGAUCUUAUGAAGAUGAAAUAUUGAAAUCUUCCGGUUCUCAAUCUAUGAUGUCAACAUCCGAUACAUUAGAUAGUGUUGUAACAAGCAGUGCUUCUGCACCUGAAGCAAUGAAUAUUGAUAGUAGAAUUCCCAAUUUGUUUACUAUCAAUGAAAGUGAUGUUGAUCCUAUCGAAAACGAUAUCUCAUCUUUUAGAGAACAAGAGAAAGCUUCUAAAGUAAUACCUCUUGUCUGUUUCGAUACUACCAAGAUACCAUUUACUCUCUUGGAUCAACGUACCAAAAUAUAUCUCGAUAAUUUAAACUUUCCUGAACCAUUACAGAAUCUUCGUCAAUUAUAUUCUAAUGUUUCUUUCACAAGUUUUCCAAAGUCUUGGGGAUCCGUGGAUACUCUACGGCUCUAUUAUCGAAUUGGAACACAAGAUGAUUCUCAACAUUUUGGCUUAUUCGAUGAAUCAACAUUUAAUCGCUUUUGGAAUAGUUAUAACGACCAUGAGGCUGGGAAAGAUGUUCAAUUGGUAGUUUAUCGUAACGUAGAUCCUGACAUCCCUAUUUUGAAAUCUGUAAGCAUUCGUUCCACAACAACGGUGUAUAAGCAAAAAAUAGCUGUCAGUGACACAACAACUUUCGAGUCGUUAAUUUCAUUCGCAAUAAAAGCAACUCCUCCGACCGGAAAACAAUUUGUUAUCCGGGCGUCUGAUGGCGCAUUGGAAUUUGUGCCCAGUGACCUUGUUAGAGAUGUUAUAGUGGGCGUUGAACAUGUCGAUUUAAUUGUCACUGUCGAAGAUAUAAGAGAAAUUAAUUUUGAUUUUUUUUAA